AAUUUCGAUCCAUCUCUUAGGGUUGGCGAAAAGUCACUUCGAAGUGGCGUGUUUUUAGGCAGACCCUCGCCUCUCCCUUCCCCCCCUUUGCGUGUGCGUGUGCGAUUCUGGCAGCGUAACAUCUGUGCGUACGCGGUCGUGAUUGUGUUGUGAAGAUGGCGGAGGGAGAGACAGAGAAGGAAUAUGCCACAAGAAAAGCUAUCGAGCGGCUCCGAGAACGGUUCCAGGAAUUGACUACAACACUUAAAGAAAGCCCGGAAUCGCCGUCGGACGCCUCUUUGCGUUUCUGCCAGGAAUUCUGCCAGAUCCUUGUGGAACAUGCAGGUCGAUGGAAGGCUGAGGAGGAGCCACUGCCUUUACUGGAGGUGUACACAGUGGCCAUACUCAGUUAUGCAAAGGCCAUCACCUGUCUCUCCUCCGAAUGUGAAAAUGUGCCGCUCGUACUUGAAAACCUAGGACUGAGCUGUGUGGAGCUCCUGCUCUCAUUGCCUGAGAGUGUCCCUGGUGCCUUAUGGGAGGAGUUCCAGUCCUGUGUCAAGUCGGCACACAGCCUUCUGCAAAAACAUGGGAACACACAGCUUCACAUGCUAUCAGCUAUGGCACAGGAGCCUGGCGUGUGGACCAACACCACUCUGUGCAGCAUUCUGUCUAAUGAGAUGCCUGAAAUUGACAGAGUUCAUGAGUUCCUGCAAAUGGAAGGUCCCACACUCCUUAGUAUGCGAAUAAAGCACCUUAUCAAACAGAAUCGAGCAGAGAAAGCAGCUGUCUUAGCGAAGAUGUGCUCAGAGUAUCCAGAGUAUGAAGGAAAGGGGAACUUCAAGCAGACGUACCUUGUUUGCCUGUGUAUGACAAAAACACAAGAACAACUCAUGCAAGAGAUCAUGCAGGUAGACUGUAAGGAUGGAUUGGAGAUGAUUUGUAACCUGGAGUCGGAUGGGGAUGAAAAAGGAGCCCUUUGUUUGUGCUCUGCAUUCCUUGAGCGGCAGCUUCUCCAGGGAGAUGUGUAUUGUGCCUGGGAGCUCACACUAUUCUGGAGCAAGCUUUUAAUGCGGUCAGAGUCUUCAGCUGAUGCAUUUCUUGGUCAAUGCAGAAAGUUGGUUCUGCUCUCCAGGAGCGUCUGUCAUAUCCUCUUCCUCAUCAAGGUUAUCCAAUCGGAGGUUGGAGAAGUGGGACUGCCGGUGUGCAUUGAAAUGUGCAUUCAAGCUCUACAAAUGGCAUCCAGUGACAACACGGACAGCAGGACCACCAUCUGCAAAACUAUUUCCUGCCUUUUGCCCACUGAUUUUGAGGUGAAACGGGCAUGCCAACUAACAGAGUUCCUCUUUCAGCCAACUGUGGACUCAUAUUAUGCUGUUGAAGCACUCUAUAAUGAACCUGAUGAAAAGCUUGAGGACGAGAAUCUUCCAGUACCCAACUCACUACGCUGUGAGUUACUGUUGGCCUUGAAGACACAGUGGCCUUUUGAUCCAGAGUUCUGGGACUGGAGAACCUUGAAGCGCAAUUGUUUGGCAUUGAUGGGUGAGGAGGGAUCCAUUGUGUCAUCUAUCGACACUCUCAAUGACGCAGAUGAGGGACUUGAGGAUGAUGCAGCAGAAAAAGGUCCAGAAUUCAAAGACCUUGAGGACUUUAUUUUGAAUACUACAAAUGAAUUGAAUGAAAUUGCAGAUGAAAAAGAGAAAAAUAGGGAAGCUAAGAAAUUAAGGGAGAAAGGGUUUGUAUCUGCAAGGUUUAGGAAUUGGCGAGCCUAUAUGCAGUAUUGUGUUCUAUGUGAUAAAGAGUUCCUUGGCCACAGGAUAGUCCGCCAUGCACAGAAGCAUUUUAAAGAUGGGGUCUACACCUGUCCAAUUUGUGCUGACAGCUUUGACACUAAGGAGAUUCUUGAGCCACAUGUAGCAUCCCACGUGAAGCAGUCUUGCAAAGAGCGACUUGCUGCUAUGAAAGCAACAAGGAAAUUGCCCAAGCCAACGCAAUCUACCAGUAGUCAUUGUAAUAAUUUUAAAGACGGAGCUGUGGUGAAGCUUGAGGCAGAGACCAUUGUCAGUCCAAAUGAUGCUCAUUCUAUGGAUGGAAAUUGCAACAGUGCUGAAACGGUCAAAGUCAGUCCUCCAAAGUCUGUACAAACUAAGGUCAGUCCUCAAAAGCCUGUACCAACUAGAUAUGAAGCAGAAUUUACUGAGGAUUGUGUCUGCCCUGUUACAUACUGUCAGAAGGUAUUCAAGUUUUUUCGGAGUCUUGUAACGCAUGUAAAAGCCCACAAAAAUGACGAGGAAGCAACACGUUUUCUGGAGAUACAACGACAGAAGGUUGUGUGUCAGUAUUGCCGUCGGCAGUUUGUGAAUUCCAGACAUCUCAAUGAUCAUUUGCAAAUGCACUGUGGCGCUAAGCCAUACUAUUGCAUACAGCUGAAUUGCACAGCCAGCUUUCACUGCAAUUCGGAACUUCUCAUGCACAAAAAACAACACACUGACUUUAAGUCACAGUGUAUGUUUCCUAAUUGUGGAAGGAUUUUCAACGAGGCCUACCUGUUGUAUGAUCAUGAGGCACAACAUUACCUUACAUUCACUUGCAAAAUAGCUAAUUGUGGGAAUAUUUUCUAUUCACAGUCCCAGCUAAAUUUGCAUCAGCAGAACCAUGACACUAAUGAAAUGCCCGUCGCAAGUGAGAACAAUCCUAUACCUGAAAUAGAACCUUCCACCCAGUGCUCCGCUAGGCAAGAGGAAACUUGCUCUGCCUCUGUCAAUCUAGAUCAGAAGACAGCACAGGAUUAUGUGACGGAAGAAGUGGUUAAAUCAGGUUCGUCAACAGUUCCUGAGAACCCAAAAUGCCCAAUGAAAAUAAAACAUUCAGUCGAGAGUAUGUUGAGCAGUUCUGUUGUCAAUCCCAGAAAGGAGUUUCGGAAGUGUUAUGUUCCACUGAUCAAAACUAAACUGGGAUUGGAGAAUGCAAAACUGGGAUUGGAGAAUGCAAAACUAUCUCCUGUCGUCCCACGCCAAGAAAUGAUAGCAAAUCAUGUGGAUCCCCAAUAUCACUGUGGAACAAAUCCUUUGAAAGGGUGCCCAAAAGAGGAGCAGAAUAACAGACCAACUGAAGCUGUUCAGAAAGUGUUGCCACAGGCCUUUCCUCCACGAGAAAUUAAGAGUGAACCCCCAUUUAUUCUACAUCCAUAUCAAAACACUCCUGCAAUAACUGGUAGAGAUGAGGAUGAGUAUAGUUGUCCACUUGAAGCAUGUGACCGCAAAUACAGUACCUCCAAAAGUCUCUCCCGACAUGUAAAGAAAAACCAUCCAGACAUUUUUGAAGACUGGAAACUGGCAAAGAAGUACAAGAAAGUUGUCAAAAUAACUUCGAGAAAGGUUCCAUCAGUGAACAAGACUUCACAGGACCCAGAGAACAAAACAUUACUUCAUCAAGCACCACUAUGCAGCAAUAGUGGAUUACAGCAGUUUGAAUAUCCGGUGGCAUGUUCAAAUUUACCUGCAAUUCGCCCGUUUGGGAAACCCCCCCAAACCAGACUGGUCUAAUGCAGUCCGAGAUGGGUGACUCAUGGACAUCUACAUUGAACGAUUGCUAUGCAGAGGUCUUCCAUCUGAAUGAAUACCCCAAUAAGAGCAUAACUCCUUG